AUGCCUGAGGACCCGCAGUCUGUACGUAUCAAGGCGGUUGAAUCCGUUCUGCAAGACUACAAGACUCUUAUACUUGAAACCCGCAGAAAAUAUGCACCUAUUAAGGAGGCUGCUGAAAAACAAGCCCAUUGGCUUCGCUCGCGCGUGAACAGCAAUGAGGACUUAAAUGCCGUUUUUUCUUCUAAUAUCAAGGCAUUACUAAGUCCGUUUUUGAGUGGGUGUGGAACAAGACAACAAAAAAUUGUCGUUGUUUGCCUCACUGCUUGUCAAAAGCUGAUCAACAACGAAUUUUUAACAGAAGACGGAGCGGAAGCCUUGAUUGAUGCGUUGUCGCAGUUGGUUGAGGCGCGUGUUGAAGAGCUGCGCGUUCUCCAAACUACGAUACUUCUGAUCACUACGUCUCCUCUUGUUCGUUCUAAACUACUUGCCAAGUCCUUCGUUUUGUGUUUGCGCCUCUACGAGUCCAAAGUGACGUCCACUGUUAAUACUGCCGCCGCUGCGGUUCGUCAAUGUGCAUGCUCUGUUUUUGAGCGCGUUUUGAAGGAAGAAGGCUCUUUGGCUCUCACGACAAGUGCCUCGAAGAUUGAUUCAAAGAUUCUACUGCCAGAAGACAUCGUUUUUACCAGUCCAAAUGAUCUCACCCCAACAGCUUUGGAUGCCUAUAAUUUGUUCAAGGAUAUCUGUUCUCUUCUUAACGACGAGCCUCCGACCUGGUUAUUUGGUUGCGGUGAAAUUAAUUUGUCUCUGGGAUUGGAGUUGCUGGAGUCUGUUAUCUCACUAUACACUGUAUUAUUUCGCCAGCAUGUGGCCUUCGCCUACCUCUUGAAGGCGAGCCUCUGUCCACUUGUAAUCAAAUUAUUCUCACCAAGUAUCAAAAUACGACCAAGCGUUCCCAUCACAUCUUCUGGACUCACAGAGACCGCAUCUUCCGCACUGGCUGCGGCUGCGACCGCUGUGGUUAACGCCGGAGGGGCAAUGAUCGGAUCCACCAGUUCUCUUGCCAUCACGGAACGUGGUGGCUUUCCUGUGAUGGUUCGCCUGAAACGACUAAUUUCGGUGAUCGUUAUGCACUAUUUUGAUUUACUGAUUACUGAGUGUGAAAUUUAUCUAUCUCUCCUGAUUCGACUUUUGGAUGUCGAUAAAAUCAUCUGGCAGCGUGCGUUGGCCUUGGAGAUAUUGCAGAAAAUUUGCGCGCAACCUAGUUUGAUACGACACAUGUGUGUCUCGUACGACAUGCGUGUUCAUUCCAUCAAAAUAUUUAGCGAACUGGUCAAUUCACUGAGCCACUACGUGCAGACCGUUUUGGCCAACCCCUCUUCGGUUGAUGCAUUAAAUAAAGAACCCCAGCUGGCUGGAGGCACUCCCGUCGUUUAUGCUCCGAACCAAUCGUUACUGUACUACAGAGGCUCUUUUUUCUCAAUUGCACAACCGAAAUCACUACUCACGGAUUUACUGGAUCGGUCGGAGCCCCCUACUCUUCAAGACAGUUAUUGUUUAUCGGUUGCUUUCUUUAGUCUGAUGCACAUCGUCAAUUCACUUGCGGUGGUGGUCCAAGGCCCGCCGGGAUCCGAGUUUUGUGCCACUGACUCUGAUGUUCGGGAACAGGCCGUCGUAUUAUCGUGGUGUGGUCUUCUUCCGGUGUUGUCCUUAUUGCUAGAAGCUAGUGCAGAUGAGCAAAUCACUUGCGACAUUUUGCAAGCUAUACACACCAUGGUUGGCCUUUGCGGCGGAUUGCGCAUCGAAGUGGCACGCGAUGCGUUUGUCACUGUUUUGUGCAAAUCGGCUCUACCGAGUUCAUCGUCCACAAAAUUUCCUCUGUUUAGCGCACAAACGAAAGCAAAUCUCCAUGCGGCGCCACCAUCACCUCACGAUGACGUAUUCGAGCGGAGCCCCGUCGUUAUAGCCGUUACCCUGGGUGCUGGCCACAGCGUUAACGUGACAACCAAGGUUGGAUCUAGUUCACUUGGGGCUUCGCAAGCCCCUGGUGCCUCUACUCCAGCGUCAUCGAGUUCAAACUCCGAAUCGGUCCUUUCUGCAUCGGGAGGCUCUCUGCUGCUCACAGCCAAACACCUCCAAUCUUCCCGUGCUGUUCUACAUGCCGCUAUGGUCCAUGGAAACGUACUCGGUGGCUCUUGGGACAUCAUCCUAGGCACAUUACAGAAUCUCGCCUGGAUGCUCGACUUGAAGAUUGAUUCUCGUGCAAAGCUAUUCUUCAAGCCUCCUCCGGUGCUGGAAGGAGGUAGCUGCAAGACUGCAGAUGCCACCCCGUACAUGCCCUGUGAGCCCUCAAGCACCUCACGUCCUGGGAUCUCUGCUCACUCCCCUUCUGUGGCACAGAAUCUCUCUGACCUUUCAUCGAUGAUGUCUACCCUGUUUUUGCAAUCCAGCCAACUGGAGGGGCCCGCACUCAGCGACAUGGUUCUCGGACUCUGCCAGCUUUCUGCUGAAGCUGCAGAAUUUGCCAGUGCUAAUAAGGAUCCAAGUCGAUUUUCCCUCUCGAAACUUACGGAGGUUGGUCUAGUCAACACUCAUCGACUCGACAUGUGGUGGGACAAUGUUUGCUGUCAACUGUUGUCGAUGUGCAAGCUGUCCCACACCGAACUGCGCCGACUGGCUGCCAGCUCACUUGUAACCUUAGUAAAGCAAGCGGUUGCUGCCCCACAAACACCCGAAUUCUGGAAAAAUGAGGUUAUCACCUCCACCGUUUUGGAUCCGCUUUCUUCUCUCUCCGAAGCACCGUUCGAUGAUGUGCGGGAGAUGCAGCUGGGGUGCGUACAGCAUAUGCUCCAUUGCUACGGGGACCAAAUCGGAUCAAGUUGGCUCCGGUUGAUUGAAAUUAUUGGUGUGAUUCGCGACUCCUUCAGAGUCGACCAAAUUCACACGGCAUUUCAAUGCUUCAAGCUCAUCGUAACGGACUACUUGUCAUCCCUCCUCCCUGACUGCUACACUGCAUGUGUGACUACAGCGGCACGAUUCGGCCAUCAGCAACAGGACUUGAACAUCGCUUUGUCCGCGAUCGGCACCAUUCUGCAUCUUGCUGAUUAUCUGUUAGAAAAAGAAAACUGCCAUGUUUCGACCGAUCCUUCUACUGUCGUAACCAUACACGAGUUGUGGAUCGGCAUAUUUUCGCAACUCUCAGGACUCUGUUUGGACCCUCGUCCUGCCGUUCGGAAGUCAGCUUGUCAAACACUGUUCAACAUGAUCGAAUGCCACGGUGCACGCCGAUUCACCGCCUCUACCUGGACCACCAUGUUUUGGAAGAUCCUUUUUCCCUUGGUUACUAAUGUACUCGACGUGUUUGUGAGCGCUCCGUGUGAUCGCGAUGAACAGCAGAACAUUCUCUUAAUGCAUCAUAGCCGAGACACUGCUUCAAAACAAUGGGCGGAGACUGUAGCACUCACUUUGUCCGGCACGACCCGAUUAUUCAUCUCCAAACAAGACAUACUUUUGCCAUUGAACGAUUUUCCACAAAUCUGGUCCGCCUUACUACACCAAAUUAAACUUCACGCGCUCACAGAAAACGCAGAGAUCUCGGUAACGGCGCUGACUUCAAUGCAAACUCUCUUAGAAUUACAACCUGAUGAGCAAGAUUGGGACACGAUCCUUUGGCCACCAGCCUGGGAGACUUGGUUACAGAUUGCCUCACAUGCUGUGCACCUACGGGGUAUACAGCGGAAUCUGGACAAUGCGUCCACCUCCUCAGCGGCUACUGUUGAUAACGCUGUCGCCAAGGACGAUUCCAACUAUCCCUCGGUCACUUUCCUUCCUUCGACCGCGUUCUUGACGUUGCUGUUUGAUCUGUUCGCCCCGCUGUUCCAUCGCAUUCGAGUCCAUUUCACCCACUCAGACCUCACUCGUGUAGAAGAAAUUAUUCGGCUGGGUGUGCUCACCCCCCUUCACGUAUCUUGUCUGUAUUCUCAAACCCGCACCAACUCACCUCCACUGAAUGACGAUGGUGCUUUGUCUCCAGCACAGGAAUCUCUUCUUCGGUGCCUGGACAAUUUGCUUCAGAACACCCGGUCUCCCGAUAGCCACUUGAGCUGUCAUCUUCCGGCUGUGCUGCGUUUGCUACUAACCUUGAGUGCUCUUGCAGUCGAGAUUCCCAAAUUAAUCCAAGGCAACCUGGCCAUUAGUGUCGGUACACGCUUGGUCACUGUGGUUCCGCCGAAUUACAUCUUGUUUGCAGAAAAGUGCCUUCGACUAGCCAUUGAUGCAUAUUUGGCGAUAACACAUUGGAGCACAUGUGCCCGCGCUGAACUACUAGAGGACAUCAUCAAGACGCUCCACAAACCCAUGUCAUUGAAGUACGCUUGUUCAUCUCAAUCCACUUGGCUACUUGCUAGCCAUCUUUUUUGCCAAGUGACUCCAACACUGAUUUCUAUUUUGACAACUUCAGAGGAUCUGAAACCACCGGACGCCCUUGUGCGCUCUCUGUGCGAUGAAGUUGCGCAGACGCUGCACGAUUCCCUAUUUUGCCAGCACAAACCGCCUUCUUCCCUGUCUAUUAAGGGGUUCCAGUGCCAGGAAGAUCUCGACUGCAAGCUUGUGAACUUAAUCAGCGAUUGCUUCCUCUCCAGUCCGGUGGAAUUACCAGACCACUUCAUCGCGCAUUUGGUUCGCCUCUUAAGCCUAGGAUCUAUACAAGCCUCAUCCACACUCCACGACGGCACGGUGAAGGAGGCCAAUGGAUCUGACUUGAAUGACGCAAACGGGUCCUCACCGAUAUGGUGCACUUUAACAAACAAUGACCUCCAUGAUUCCUCACAUACCGAAAAACGUCCUAAAGUAAUCGGGAUGGCUGUCCGACAGACUGAUUUCUUCGGAUGUGAUGAUCCACUUGUCGAUAGCGCAAUGCAAUUACAUUUGGACUUGGAUCGUCUGCGGCAGUACACUUUCCGCGAAAACUUUGCUCGCCUAUGUUUCAACAAAUUGCUUAGUCACGCGUUCGCUGGUUCUCCACUGAAGUCACCUACUAUUGAUUUGGCAAUGUCUUCCUCGGCUCCAGCCGCCCCCAUCAGUGUGAGCCGUGCCGCCAUCCAGAGUAUAUUGCAGCGUUGCCGAUCAGUCCUCAUUCGAUUUUAUCAAUCGUCACAGCUAACUGGGAAAUGUCCGCUUCCAAGAGUGCGGUUGAUUGAGAUAUCUUAUGUGUUCAAAGCACUCACAGUGAUGCUCACAUCGUUACAAUCCGCCUUUUCGCGUCGCAACAUUGAUCCCUCCACUUGGAAUCAUGUGAUUGAACUCUACCCUCAUAUCGUGGACUGUGUUCUUGUCAUUGGGGGUAGUCCAAUGACCGCAGCACUGCAUCGACUUCUGCAGCUCUAUGGUGAACUAUUACGUUCAUCUAGUCUACCAGACGAAGAUACGACCCAUCCAUCCACGCGGAUAUAA